AUGCCGAGUGCACGUCGACGGCGUUUUUCCGUACAUAACCAAAUUUCAAAGCAAGAAACUAACACAUCACAAAAUGAAACACAAAUAAGCAAACAAGAUGAAAUCAACUUAUUACAAAAUAUGAAUAACCUGAGGCAUAAAGCCAAAAUCAAUCCAAGUACAUCAAAGAAGCUAUCACUCUUAGAAAUCGUAACCGAGUGCAAAAGUGCAACUUCUGCCAUAAGAGUUCAAGAAAAUAACACAAUUACUUCCGAUAAAGGAGUAACUGCCAGUUCCAGUAAUAUUAAUCUAUACGCAGUUCUUAAUUCCUCAAAUGCACUACCCGUUAAUGAGUCUACAGAAAUUGAAAAUGAAACCAAACAAAAAGAACACUACCGCAGAGAUAAAACACCACAUCGUGAUAAAUACCUUCAUCGAGUUAAAGUAAGAAGUCCUAAACGCAAAGUUUCAUAUAUGAAUAAAGAAAUUAAAAAAAAAUCUAUAGGUAUUGGUGUUCAUUUGAAUAAUUAUAAUGAAAAAGACGAUGGAAAUGAAAACGAAAUUAUAAAACAAGUUAUAGAUGUGGGUGAAAAUACCGACCGUGAAGAAAAAGAGAUUAGUAGUCAUUCGCUGGAAGAUAUGUGCCGAAUUUGUCAUAGUGGAGACGCUGUCUCAGAUGCGGGUAAUUUAAUAUCGGCAUGUUUGUGUCGAGGUACUAUUGGCAGAGUUCAUGUAAAGUGUUUGGAAAGAUGGCUGACUGAAUCGGGAAAAUCUAGGUGCGAACUUUGUGGAACGAAGUACGUCACACGACGUGUUCACCGAUUUGGGAUUUUAAAAGCAUUCAUCAUGUGGAUACUCAGUCAUAACUCUAAGAAAAUGAUCGUGGAUUUUUUCGGGAUAAUGAUAAUGACACCUAUAGCUGUGGUAGGAGCAGGAUUAACUGAGAGAACCUUUACAGGACUUAUGGCACAAGAUCACCAAACACCAUGGCCUUUAGCUUCCACCUUUGUGCUCGCUUGUAUGACACUUGUAUGCUACUACUGCUGGAUAGUUUCCGCACUGACGCGUCACGCACUCGGAUGGUGGAUUUGGUACCGAUCUCACUAUGAAGUUAGGCUGCAAUUACAGGAAGAUGAACAA